AUGGACGCCGUGAUACGCGUCGACCGUGCAUCAAACAAGGGCUCUGUCACGGACGUCGCCAAACUGGUUCUCAAAUGUGACGAUGAGGAGGCCGAGAAAGCUGUUCGCAAGCUCCUCGGCGCCACCUCCGACACGGAUCGCGACUUCCUCAGAGUUCAAAUCAACAACAGGGGGAGGCUCACGCUUGUGGCAGGCGUCAACAUGCUUGUCGAGAUUGUUUGGCUCUUGCCCGGCGUGAUUGCGGAUGACGUUCGUCGCGACAUCUCGCACAAGGUGUGCAAAGCACUGGGCGGAGACACAAGGCUCGUGGAGGAAUCCGAGACGCGUCACAUCGCCAUGCGAGAAGCGAGCCUGCACGCGAAUGCCAGCAAGGUGGCCACGGACCAGUCGCGAGACAUACCGCCCGGCUACUCGUUUCUUCGCAAGACCUUUUCACACGAGGCGGUAUACUUCGGCGUCGCGUGCCACAACUCGUCUGCAAGCAUGUUGGCCUGGCUCAUCGGCUGCUCCACUCAUGGAAUCUCAAAGGAAAUGCUAUCGAGAACGAAAGAUGCUCUCCAGCUGCUGAAUAAUCUCACGUCCGACGGGAACAUCGGGCAUGACUACUACCAAGCGCCUGACUUCGCUUCUACAAUGGACAGAAACCUCGCCGAUUACAUGCCCUACGUCAUAGCGAAGGAAAACAUUUGGUUGGUAACGAGUGGUUUUAGAAUUCGGCAGGCCCACCGCGACGCAUUCUAUAUCCUCAGCGCCUGUCAACUCCCAGUUCCGGUCGAGAUUUUGUACGGCAACGCCAAGCAAGCCUCCACGGAUGUAAAAUACACGUGUAACGGCAUGAAGACCGAAAACACCGGCUGGGGUAAGCACACCCAGGAGCGCAUCGACGAGGCGUGGGCCAUCCUCGAGGCGGACACCGUGGACAUCGAUCCGCUUCCCCCGGCAACGUGCGGUUGCAGCGCGAUUCGCGCGCAGCUUUUUGUUGCGGAGAAGAAGGAGAACUGAACAAUUACGGGGUGUUUGGAGUUACAGAGUGAUUUGGAUUCUCUGCAGAGCCUGGCAUGUCGCUCUUUUUUUGGAGGCUCGAGGGUUGGCACGUCAGCCGUACCGCACGAUGUCCCAGGCACUUGGCGUCUGUGUGUGAAAUCGUGGGCUAACUGCGUGGGAAGAGUUUUUGCCCUAGCUGACACUCUGGACAUCCGCCAUGUCACUUCACGUUCUGACGGUGACGUCACAGCUUGACGACAUCUCGAUCAGCACGAUUCAUCAUGGCGAGUCAAAUAUUUCGCGCUCAUAACGAACAGGAUUCGUGCGGACGAGCAGAAGGAAAGCCGAGUUUCAGCGCCGCUACCGCGCGUGAAGAACAAGGUGGUGGAAACACUCGGUGAUACACGCCGUUGCGCGCCCUGCGAGGAGUCUGGAGUUCAGUUUGGGGGGAGAAAUUAGGUCUUGGAUGGAGUUAUUACCGAGUGGAAUGCGGAGUGUGUUGCGCGGCUCGUACACGAUGGCAUACUCGAUGAGGACUUUGAAGUUUAACGGGUUGUGCUCACGCCGCUUUAACGUGCCUGGGCACGCUAAAAAAUAUAGGAGUAUUUUUCUGCUAGCAAAACUGUGCUUCUCGGGGGAUUUGGUCGCCGUGGAAACUUUUGUAUCAAGUGCAGCCGGCUGGACCGCCCAUUUUUGGUGUUGCCUGCACGAUCGAUGUCGAUGAGCCACCUUCCGUUUCCGGAGCGCCCACCACACGUAAACGAAGUGCUUUUGCAGCGCACAUUUCAGGACGCGUGUUGCUCGAAUGCAUGAUAUCAAUUAUUUUUCAGAUCUGCAAACACCCACUGGCACCGACUCCUCAAUUACCAGCAACGGGGGCGACAGCAAGCGCUCGGAGACCACAAACCCAAACUUGCGCACGAGACCGUUGAUCCACGUGCACCACUCGCGCACCACCAACGCUCUGAAUUGGCUGCCUUCUUCCAAACUUGGAAUGGAGUCUAUGUGGUCGACGGCCUCGUGGUACGAACGGAAACAACGAGUACUGUCGCUUUCUCACAGACAGGGCCGACAACACGGAACGACCGGAGGCGCAUUUCGCGCAGUGGGCAAUUAUGCUAAUUCCUUUGCCUCGCGAACCCUUUGGUGACAAACUGGCGUGCGCCUAUCUACCUUGUCCGACGACGAGGACCAGAUUUACCGCGUUGGCCGUAGUUGCUGAGCAACACUGUGUGUAUGUGCGUUGCGGUGUUUUGAUUCGUCCGUUGGUGAUAGCUUGAUAGGCGGCGCACGAUGAUUGGCCAGCUGUAUGUAUGUUUGAUGGGGCUACUCCUUAGAGCAUUUUGUAUUUCACCGCAUAAUGGAUAUUGAAAGAAUCUACGGAGUCACGCUACAUGCACCUGCUGAGAAACGACCCACAGGACCGCAUCUCCACCAUCUUUGCACUAAGACCGGUGUAAAAAAUUGAUGUGGAGCUGCGGGUUAUUCUUUUGAACUCGAAGCUUUUUUCUGGAGAGGGGGCAGGUCCCACCUGUCUGUUUGUCCGCAACCCACAACGGGCGGGAGCGAAACCUGCCAUCGGGGCGUGCAUCGUAAGUGAACUAUCUGAUCGAUAGCACGGUGCCGGGAGGUGGAUCGUGCGCUGAUGAACCAUCUCGUAUGCCAGUGUAAGCGAAUGCUUGCAAUGGACGUGGA